AUGCCUACCAGUGAGUGUGUUUGCGGCAACAUCAAGGUCGAGAUUUCAGGCGAUCCCUUGGCCACUGUUGUAUGUCACUGCAAUGAUUGUCGCAAAAUAUCUGGAAGUGCGUUUAGCUUCAACUGGAUGGUCCCACAAAAUACCGUCAAAAUUACUGGUGAAACCAAGACAUUCAAAACUACUGCGAAUAGUGGAAAUUUAGUCACAAAUCACUUCUGUGGUGACUGUGGUGUAACUCUGUGGAGUAAUACCCCGGCAACUCCAGGACUUAUGUGCCUUAAAGCUGGAACUUUCAAUGACUCGAAGGACCAAAACAACCCUCAUCCUAUGUCGGAAAUCUUCGUCUCUCGCAGACUAGGCUGGCUGUCCGCUAUCCCCAACGCCGAUCAAAAGAAAGAGAUGGACUAA